GGAGGGCUGGACCUUUUUAUUCCUCUUCUUCUUGUUUAUCUUUUCCUGAAAUCCCAUGGUUUGGGUCUCAGGAGUUUUGGCUUAAAGACUGAGUAGGAAAAAGGCCAAAGUAUGGUGGUGGCUAUAGGCUACUGAGGGAGUGCUGAUCCCCAGCAGGAGACCUGAAGGGGCCAGAGCAGUUCAGAGAUGCCAAGGAAAGGAUCUCCUUUGGCUCCUUUAGUCCUCCUAGCUUCAUGGACCCUUCCCCCCAGAAAAGGAAAGGGGAGAAUAUAAUGAAAUCCAACAUUGACAAGAAGUUUUCUGCACACUAUGAUGCUGUGGAAGCAGAGCUUAAAUCCAGUACUGUGGGUCUUGUGACCCUGAAUGACAUGAAGGCCAAGCAGGAGGCGCUGGUGAAAGAGCGAGAGAAGCAGCUGGCUAAAAAGGAGCAAUCAAAGGAGCUACAGCUGAAGCUAGAGAAGCUGCGAGAGAAGGAGCGCAAGAAGGAGGCCAAGCGGAAGAUCUCUAGCCUGUCCUUCACCUUGGAGGAAGAAGAAGAGGGAGGUGAAGAGGAGGAAGAGGUGGCCAUGUAUGAGGAGGAACUGGAGAGGGAAGAGAUCACCACAAAGAAAAGGAAAUUGGGGAAGAACCCUGAUGUGGACACAAGCUUCUUGCCUGACCGGGACCGAGAGGAGGAGGAGAAUCGGCUUCGAGAAGAGCUGCGUCAGGAGUGGGAAGCCAAGCAGGAGAAAAUCAAGAGUGAAGAGAUUGAAAUUACCUUUAGUUACUGGGAUGGCUCUGGACACCGGCGCACAGUUAAGAUGAAAAAGGGCAACACAAUGCAGCAGUUCCUGCAGAAAGCACUUGAGAUCUUGCGCAAAGACUUCAGUGAGCUCAGGUCAGCAGGGGUGGAGCAGCUCAUGUAUAUCAAGGAGGACUUAAUCAUCCCCCACCAUCACAGCUUCUAUGAUUUCAUCGUUACCAAGGCACGAGGAAAGAGUGGGCCACUCUUCAACUUUGAUGUUCAUGAUGAUGUACGACUGCUCAGUGAUGCCACUGUGGAGAAAGAUGAGUCACAUGCAGGCAAAGUGGUGCUAAGGAGCUGGUAUGAGAAGAACAAGCACAUCUUUCCUGCCAGUCGCUGGGAGCCCUAUGACCCAGAGAAGAAAUGGGACAAGUACACGAUCCGGUGAGCAUCCAGAAGUGGGCAUGACCUUGGCUCUCCCCAGCGUGCCCUCCAUAUCUCUAGGGCUCCAGGUGCCUAGAUUCCUUGGGAUCAUGCCAGAGCACUCUGGGAGGAUGUUAGUUGCUAUUCUCUGGCCCUGAUAUUGUCAUUACUGCUUUUCUCUUUUACAAUAAAAAAGUGUACAUGUGGGAGCCGGA